ACCUUCGUGACCCGCUUUGGCCGCCUCACCAUCUCUCUCUCUCUCUGCGCCCUGAAUUUGUCAACUCAUCUAUAAAUGAAGGAAAACAAAAUCCCAACUUUGAAGGUUUGCAAAGUUCACAUUCAAAUCCGGGACUUUUCAUAUUAUACGUUGAAGUUGAAGAGCUUGGAGCGAAAAUUUGGUAGUGGCUGUUUGUUUUCUGGAAGAAAGGUAGCGGCUGUUUGAGAUCAUCAGAAAGAUGGGGUUUUGAUUGAAUAGAGGAACGGGGUUGUUUGCCUGAAUCUCUUGGUGUUUCCUUUUGAUCUUAUCAAUAAUUUUGCAUUGUUUGGUUCCUGAUCACAAAACGUAGGAAUAGAAAAGAAACCAAAUACUCAAAAAAAAUUGAUUGUGGCUUGAUUUUGAUAUCCAAUAAAAGUGAACCUUGUGCUUGUAAGGAGCCUGGUACAACUGCUUGUUUUAGUCGAAUCAUUUUUCUCAGCAACCCAGUGAGGGUUAUUGUAAAUUGAUUCAAUGGAGCACCUAAUGAUGGCUGAUGACACAUUGGGCGACGGUUCGGAUUUGGAAAUUGACGACAUAAGGUGUGAAAACGUAGCGGAGAAAGAUGUUAGUGAUGAAGAGAUUGAAGCAGAUGAUUUGGAGAGGCGAAUGUGGAAGGACCGUAUCAAACUCACAAGGAUUAAGGAAAAACAGAAGCUUGCAGCACAAGAAGCUGCAGAGAAGCAAAAGCCCAAGAAGACCUCUGAUCUGGCUCAGAGGAAGAAAAUGUCUAGAGCACAAGAUGGGAUUCUCAAGUAUAUGUUGAAGCUGAUGGAUGUCUGCAAAGCUCGGGGAUUUGUUUAUGGUAUCAUUCCUGAGAAGGGCAAGCCAGUGAGUGGUGCUUCUGAUAACAUAAGGGCAUGGUGGAAAGAAAAUGUGAAGUUUGAUAAGAAUGGGCCAGCAGCCAUAGCCAAGUAUGAAGCGGAGUGUCUUGCCAUGAGUGAGGCGGAUAACAUUCGUAAUGGGAACUCUCAGAGCAUUCUGCAAGACCUUCAAGAUGCAACUCUUGGGUCACUUUUAUCUUCUUUGAUGCCAUACUGUGACCCCCCUCAAAGGAAGUACCCUCUAGAAAAGGGAGUUCAACCACCUUGGUGGCCUACUGGGAAUGAAGAUUGGUGGGUAAAAGUAGGGAUACCCCAUGGUCAAAGUCCUCCUUAUAAGAAACCACAUGAUUUGAAGAAGAUGUGGAAAGUUGGAGUGUUAACAGCUGUGAUAAAGCAUAUGUCACCUGACUUUGCAAAGAUAAGGAGGCAUGUCCGCAAGUCGAAGUGCUUACAGGAUAAGAUGACAGCAAAGGAGAGUGCAAUCUGGUUGGGGAUUUUAAGCAGAGAGGAAGCCCUAAUUCCGCAGCCCAGUAGUGAUAAUGGGACAUCUGGUGUAACUGAGGUGCGACGAAGUGGCUGUGGUGAAAAUAAGCAAGCUACGAUCUGUAGUGACAGUGACUAUGAUGUAGAUGGUGUAAGCUCUGUUUCAUCUAAAGAUGACAGGAGAAAUCAGCUGAUGAAUGUAGAACCUUCAGACAAUCUAGACAAUAAAACUCCUUGUGUCCCGAAUAAAGAUCCAGGGGAAAAGCAAGCGAGAAGAAAAAGAGCCCGUGUCAGAUCAAACCCUGCCAAUCAAGUGCCUGCACCGUCUCAGAAUGAACGUCUACAUGUUGAGCCAAUAAUCUCUCUGCCUGAUGUAAACCUCACUGAUGUUGAGUUAGUUGGAUUCCAGAUUCAUGGGGGUCAACAGGAAAAUGGUAUAACUGCAUCUUUGAGGCCCCUAGAGAAAGAUAUUGAUGUCCAGCCCCUGCUACCUGCAUCUGAAUUUAAUAAUUUCUCUGCUCUGCCUUCUGACAAUGCAAUUUCCACUCGGAGCAUGUAUGUGGAUGGAAGGCCUUUGCUUUAUCCUCUGGUGCAAAACACUGAGAUGCAUGAUGGAGAUGCUGGCAACUUUUAUAGUCCAUCAGGUGAAUAUGGGCGCACACAUGACUGGCAGCGGUCUCAGAAUGCAAUGAAUGAACCUCAAAUGAAGCCAGAGGACGUUGGAGUCCAUGUACCCGCAUUGGAUAGAAGUGCAAGCGAGAUUCCUGGAGGGGACUUGCACUACUAUGUAAAUAACAUGUUUAACAACGAGCAAAAUCGACCUGUUGAUUCUCAGUUUGGCUCUGCAAAUGAUAGCCUGUCAUUAUAUUACGGUGGAUUGAACAGCCCCUUCAAUCUUGGAAUUGAUCAUGAACCGAGUACAUUUGAGGACUUCUGGGAGGAUGAAGAUUUUAUCAAAUACUUUCCUUCAUAAAAAAUUAUUAGAUUUGAUACAUCAGAGCUUAGGUUGGACUGCAAAAGUGCAGCAUCCAUUGAUGUUAUUUUUGAAGAUUUCAACAGUCGAAGAAAGAAUAAAAGAUGGUAUCAUUCCCUUUUCUUUGACAUGCUUUUGAUGGUCAACUGUGGCUGUGCUCUCUGCCAUUGUUGUCCCGCCUUGGAAACCUGCACGAUGAGGGGUAGAAUACAUGGAGAGAGAGAGAGAGAGAGAUAAGAGUCAUACAUGGAUAAGAGAAAAGAUCAACUCAGUUAGUUAUAUGUGUAUUAUGUAGGGGCAUUUUUGUCUUUUCAUAUUUUCGGGGACAAAAAUGCCCCUAUAUUACAACUAACCGGAUACUCUCCAGUUUAGUUGAACUAGAAAGAUGCUAAUACAAGUAUCAAAGCUACACUUCCUUGUAUCAAGUUCAGAGGGUUUCGUUUGGAGGCGUUCUAACUUCUAGGUGCUACAUUUAAAGUAGUGUUUGGACGAAAAUCUUCCCUUGGUAGAGGAUGAAAUAAAAUCAAUUGUAACAAAAAGGAAAUUAAUCACAAUUUAAAAACAAAAAUCCAACAUUUACAUAA